AUGUCUGCUCGUGAUCCUUCGCUGAGAAGACGCCUAAAGCAUCAUUAUGAGUAUCUCGUCAACGAACUCAUGAUCCCCAACUACUUGGGCCUGUUCUUUUCCGCAGACGUCAUUUCGAUGAGAGAAAUGGAAACGCUGAGAGAAAUGAGGGUCAGACACGAACAGACGACACGCUUCAUAGACGAUCUCUUGCGCAAAUCGGACGAUCAGAUCGCAAAGUUCCUGGAAAUUGUACAAACAAAGUCAGACGCUCAGUCACACAUCUACGAGACCGUCAUGUCUGGUGACAUACCCGACAGACAGACAGCUAAGUCGUUUAUCGAACUAGAAUCACGUCUCCAGAAGCAACCAACAUCAGCCUCAUCGGAUCCAGCGUUUGAUUUUAGGUCACGUGACCCAAGAGAAUCCUACGGAGGCUACGACACAACUUUUAGUGAGACCGGGAGUGAGACGGGUGUUGAAAAUAGAGAACCCGUGAACUACUCAACUCCCGUCGAAGCAUUGAUCAAAAAUCCUCCCCAUGAGUGUAUUUUGGAAGUCGCUCGUCUUCUCGACAAACCCGAUGAAAUGGGCAACUCCUGGCGGCGUCUAUGGUUUGUACUGAUUGACAGACCUUUCAAUGAAUCGAUGUUUAGGGCCAUGAGGGAAGGACCGACUUGUUUUGUGUUAACUCGUUGGUGCCAAAUGAAGCCAACGUCUCAAGCAACCGUUGAACGUUUGAUUAAAGCACUAAAUGACAUCUUCAGAAACGAUGUGGCAAGAUGUCUUGAAGAGUAUUGUCAGGUUGCUCAGACGAAGAGUCGUUUUAGAAAUAGAGAUUGCUCAUCACUUAGCAGUCUUGAUCGAACUUCUAGGAGGUACAGUACGCAUAUUCUUAUGAUCUCCAUCAAUUGA